GUUCAUAAGACAGACUUGCUAAGAGACGGACAGAACAAGCUCUGCUGCCGACGAUAUGAAGCUGUUGCUGCUGCUUCUCUCGUGGUGCAGCUGCUGCCAGAUGUUUUCCACUCAUGCCUCCCUGACCGUCUCCCCCGGCAGGUCUCAGUUCUUUGAGUAUGAGACGGUCUCCAUCAGCUGUGAGCAGUCUGGACCGGCUCCAUGGACGGUGUGGACAUACACAGAACCUGGGUUGGAGAUGUCCCAGUGUGUUUCUAAACAGAGCUCCAGCUGCACCAUCAGCAACCUGAAGCCGCUGAACACCGGAGUGUACUGGUGUGAGUCCAGACACCGAGACAGCAGCAACGCCGUCAACAUCUCCGUCACAAAUGGUGAUGUGAUCCUGGAGAGUCCGGUUCUCCCGGUGAAGGCAGGACACGACGUCACGCUGAGCUGUAGGCACAGACAAGGCACAGACAAGGCAGCGACUUUCUUCAAAAACGGCUCCUUAAUCGGCGCUGAGCCCACGGGUCAGCUGACCCUCCAUAACGUCUCCAGGGCCACUGAAGGCGCUUAUCAAUGUCAAACCAACGGAGCAACUUCUCCAACCAGCUGGCUUCUCGUCGAAGAUGUCUCCAAGCCAGCGUCUCUGACGGUCGAUCCAGACGUGUCGCAGCUCUUUGAGUACGAAUCCUUCUCGCUGAGCUGCGGCAUCGACAGCAGCUCUCAGGGAUGGACAAUCAAAAGGGUUCCUGCUAACAAAACCAAGGUUUCCAGCUGCACCAAACCCACUUCUUCUGGCUGCAGCCUGCAGAGAGCCAAGCCGUCGGACAGCGGCCUCUACUGGUGCGAGUCUCCCUCCAGGCAGCGGAGCAACACGGUCAGCAUCACAGUAUACGACAGAGCGCUGAUCCUGGUCAGUCCUGCCCUCCCUGUCACCUCUGGAGCAAACGUCACCCUCACCUGUCGCAGCAGGACCCCCCAGGCCCGGCCCGCCAGCUUCUACAGAGACGGCUCCUGGAUCAGAACCGAGCCCUCGGGUCAGAUGACCCUCCACCCCGUCUCCACGUCUGAUGAAGGGCUCUACAAGUGCAGCGUGGACGGUCAGGAGUCUCCAUCCAGCUGGCUCUUUGUCAGAGCCUCACAUGUCCACUCGUCUCCAGCCAUGAGCCCCCUGCAGGUGAUCAGCCACAUUGCAGCGUGGUCCUCGUACAUCUACCCCACCUACGCCAUCAUCUCCAGGUGCAGAGCCCGGCCCAAAGGACGGGCUCCUCUGGUUCCUGACCCGACGUCUGCAGAAGAUCAUGCUGGGGACUAUGACGACAUCAUGGCUGAAGUCACCACGGAGCAUCGGUUCUGACAUCAGGCUCCUGAUCUGACCUCGUUACCUUCAAAUGUUUCAGAUUCUGUAGCUUUGGACCUGGAAAGUGAAAAUAAAACCCGUUUGAAUGA